GACCUUUAAAAGACUACAACUCCCAGUCACCCCAAAAGUGACGUUUUACCCAGCAUGCAGCUCGGGCUGUGAGAAGAUGAGGCAAGAUGGCGACUAAAAUAAGCAAAGAAAGUGCUCCUCCUUUUGAUUGUCCAACAUGGGCAGGCAAGCCGCCCCAGGGGCUCCAUCUAGACGUGAUGAAGGGAGACAAACUGAUGGAGAAACUGAUCAUAGAUGAAAAGAAAUACUACUUGUUUGGGAGGAACCCCGACUGGUGUGACUUCACCAUCGACCAUCAGUCAUGCUCGCGUGUCCACGCUGCCUUGGUCUACCACAAGCACCUGAAAAGGGUCUUUCUCAUAGACCUCAACAGCACACACGGUACUUUCCUCGGACACAUCCGCCUGGAGGCACACAAGCCUCAGCAAGUUCCCAUAGACUCUACAAUAUCUUUUGGGGCUUCAACAAGAACCUACACCAUCAGAGAGAAACCCCAAACCCAAGGCAGCUCUGGCACAGGAGACAGUAAGACAGGAGAGGACGAGGAGCUGAAAGGACUGCUUGGGCUUCCAGAGGAAGAGACAGAGCUGGAGAACCUGACAGAGUUCAACACGGCUCACAACAAGCGCAUCUCCUUACUAACCAUUGAGGAAGGUAAUCUGGAAAUCCAGAGACCUAAAAGGAAACGGAGGAACUCCAGAGUUACCUUCAAUGAGGACGACUCGAUCAUUAACCCAGAGGAUAUAGACCCUUCGGUGGGACGGUUUAGAAACAUGGUGCAGACUGCUGUCAUCCCUAUCAAGAAACGCAGAUCAGAAGGCCACAACACUCUGGGUCUUGAUGACCUGACUUCAAAGCGCAUCCACGGCUACAGCUUGGGCGGCGGUCUCUACGGGGACUUGCCUCCCACCAGUCACGAGAACCAGCCAACGGGAGCUCCAGGAGGUGCCGCUAUGCAGGGAGGGCUUCCUCUGCCCUUCCCCAAUCCAGCACCAGAGGUGGACCUGGCCCCAGAGGCUCCCCAGCCCCCCGUCACACUCAACCCCACCCCCGUCACAGCCCCUUACCUACCAGAGACCCACAACGAGCCGCGCAAAAAGAAGUACGCCAAAGAAGCUUGGCCGGGCAAGAAACCCACCCCGUCACUACUCAUCUAACCAGUUUGUUAAAGCUGCUGACUCUCAGGUUACCAGCAGAUACAUCAGGGACGGUGACCUGGCAGAGGUGGAAUCGUUCACUUCUCGAUCUUUUUUUAUCUGUUGCGUUACUCAUCCUCAUCCCAAAAAGGCACCACACAGUUUCCUCGCGGUCUGUCACGAGAUAUCAUCUACAUCACCAAGUCAGCAGUUGAUAAACUGGGCCAGAAUACGGCAGAAGCUUGUCGAUUGCAUACACAAUUAACGUAAAUUUACAAGACUUGGCGGUUAGCAUUUGAGCCUCAGAGUGGCAGUUACAUGUUUGUCUUUGAGUAACGGGUCAUGUUUUGGAUGUAAAGUUGGAUUUUUGUUUUCUACUAAACACGUUUCAAUAUUUUUUUUCACUCCUUCUGUGUUUUGAUAAUGCUGUUAAACAAACGGCAAAAAAAGUACUUUUAUAUAAAAUAUUUUACUGUGAGGGGAAGCCAGAGAAUCCAGACAUGAAGUCAGAAACACAGGGCUGCUUUUUAUUUUGAAAACCUAUUGAUAUAAUGUGAAAUAUUUCCAUUACAUGUAUUAGACCAAUAUCAACUGAAGUGUCUUGUAUUUGUCCAACAAGCCACUAGAUGGUGCACAAUGGUCAGAGUUUUCAGUGAGGUUUGGCUGCAGGUACCAUUGUUUAUGGCCUGUUGCACUAACCUUGUCUUUAUGUGGCAUCCCAUGAAAGCGGUGCUGCAAGCCUCUUGCUGUUCAUUUGGGUUCUUCUGCCUAUAAAAGCCAUUUGCCCAGUCCAAACAGUACCUUGAUCACAUUUGUCCUUUGGCUUUUUCCAGUAAUAGAUUGAGUUUUAAAAGGGUUGUUACUCAUUUUUGCCUAGCAUCAGUAAACUGAAAAUACAAGGAUUUUACAGUUUUCUACGUUGACAAAUAAUUGAACUGUUAAGUAGUAACAGAAUAUUGCAGCACAGUAACAAAUACCAAAUUUGCUGCAAAUAAAAAGGUAGUAAAAAAACAGAAAGGUUUGGAUUUAGUAUCUUUUAAUGGUCAUGUAGCGUGUUAAUAUCUUUCAAAUGCAACACAGUGCAGUUUAUAUAGUAUACCGUUCGUAUUUAGUUUGCCCUGAACUGACUUGAGACAUAGGAACCGUCUUUGCACAGUAGGAGAAAAUCAUAGUUAGCCGUUUCAACCUGGUGGAACACUAAGUAAUCGGUUUAUACAGAGUGAACUUCAAUGUGUAAAGGUCACAUGAAAUGGUAUUCUAACUUUUAUUCAAAGGUAGACCGUAGAGAGGUGACCAGACAUGAAGGGAGUAACAACAGUUCUCUAACAUAAUCACACCCAGGUCAUUGUGGUCACAGUAUAUGGUAUGCAUCUAAACCACAAGGCCACCACGACGCUUUUUUGUAUUCCCUUCUGAAAGAGUGUUAUGGGGAGCAGUAAACUCUAAGCUAUCAAUCUUACUGUAAAGAAAGGGGCUAGUAGUUAUGGUAAGAGAAGGCAGGUUGAGUUAAUAGAACAUGCAGAAAGAUGGUUAAAGGUUUGACUUUUAAAGUUCUCCUUUGCUACAGCAUGACGUCACCACUAAAGAGACGCCGUUUUCUAGGAAGUUCAAGUGGUCAUUUCAUGGGAAGUUAUAAUCAGUGAAAGGUUGGAGAAAACAACAAAAGACGAGGUGUUUCACUUUUACAGAACCAUGCUGGUGACUUUUUGUCCUUGUGGAUUUUGUAAUCAUAUAACUGUAAAUAAAAAAUGAAUUACUUUUGACUCUC